GGCUCCAGGAUGGGAGCAGCCGGGCUCUGCGUCGGCGCACAGUUGGCGUCCACCUGAUCUCCUGCCCCCCGGGGCCCCUCGGCACAGCCUGCUGAUGUCUUCCAAGGAGAAGAAGGACGACAAGAAAGAGAAAAAAGAGGACAAGGAGAAGAAAGAAAAGAAAGAGAAGAAGGAGGACAAGGAGGACAAGAAGGACAAGAAAGAGAAGAAAGAAAAGGACGAUGAUGACAAGAAGGAGAAGAAAGCGAAAAAGAGAGAUAAGGAUGAAGACGUCUUUGACCUCUACGGGGACGCCGACGGGGAUGGCGCCGCGAAUCAGUUCGCAUCCAAGCCAGACAAACCACAGGAUAAGCGUGACAAGGAUAUUAAAAAGCAGGAACAGGCCAAAAAGGAUGGCCCGGUAACUUUGUCUGCUAGCGACGCCAUCAAUGCGCUGAUGGAAAAGAAGAAGGAGGCUGCGAAAGAAGAGAAGCGAAAGGAGCAGGAGAAGGCGGCGAAGGCAGCUAAGGAGGCCAAGAAGGCGCAAGAGGCGAAGGAGGAGGCCAGCGAGGAGUUCCAGGUUAUGGAGAAGGGUGGCGCCGGGAACUUCAUGUCCAAGGUGGAGGUUCUGGAUGUCAUGAAGAAUUGCGUCGGCGGGGCCACCAGCUCGUCUGGAUCGCGUUGCCAAGUUUCUGCGUCGACCAAGAUAGGCGACAAGAUUUUCGUGGACAACUCGAAAUGCAUUUUCACAUCGCUCGGCGACCUCAAGGCCAUCAAGGGCUUCGUUUAUAUCAGGGGUGUCAAAGACUCUCCUGGUUGUGAGAUCACCCUUACUAGGCCAUCCACCGUCUACGUUUGCCUCAGCAAGACCAACGAAGACGACCCCUUCCUGCGAUCCUGGGAAGACGUGGACACUAGUGAGAUGAGCCCGCCAGAGGUUGAGGGUAUGAAAGAGGUGGUAGAGAUCAAGAGGAAGUCCUUCAAGGAUGCGGACAAGGCGGACGUGAAGGUUCCCAAGCCGCCCAAGGGCGUGGACACGGUCCUGGUGUUCAUCAUGCCCGACUUCCACGCGAAGGCAUUCACCGCGAAGCAGGAGACGGAGGAGGAGCGCCUUGCCCGGGAGCGGGACGAGGCCGCUGGCAGGAGGGCCGCCAAGGAUACGAAGACGAAGUCCGACGAGCCCACAGCCGAGGAGAAGAUAGAGGUUAUCCUGGCCAAGGUCGAGAAAGGCGAGAAGCUCAGUAACAAGGAAAAGAGAGCGCACGACAAGUACUUGCAGAGCAAGGGAGCGCAGUACAAGGACGACGAUGACGACCAGCCUGUUGGCGGCCUCAACGCGUUCUCCAUCUCUCUCGAGGGCGGCAAGAACGAGCCUCCCGAUUCUGGCGACUCGUUCGUGUGCAAGAACUUCACUAUCUCUGCGCCUGGGCAAACUCUGUUCGACAGCGCGUCCAUUACUGUCACCCAGGGCCACAGGUAUGGCAUCCUCGGGCCGAACGGCAUGGGCAAGACCACGGUCCUGCGCCACAUUGCUGCCAGGGAGAUGCCGGUCCCGCUCAAUUGGGAUGUCAUCCUCGUGGAGCAGGAGGCCAAGGCAACGGAAAGGUCUGCCGUCGAAGAGGUGCUGGCAGCGGACACCAAGACCGCUGACCUCCUCAAGAAGGAAGAUGACCUGAUCAAGAAGAUGGAGGAAUUUGAUCGUAUGAUGGCGGAGGGGAAGGCGGAGGUCUCUGUGGAGGAGCUGGAGAAGGUCAGACUGGAGCUGGAGACCGUGUCUGCCGACCUCAUGGCCAGCGGCGCCGACGCCGCAGAGGCGUCGGUCAGGAAGAUCCUCUGCGGCCUCGGAUUCACCGCCAAGCCCGCAGAUGAGGACCGCUUCUCCAUGGAGAGGCCUGUGGUGCAGUUCUCUGGUGGAUGGCGCAUGCGUAUCAGCCUGGCGAAGGCUCUCUUCCUGUGCCCUAAGCUGCUGCUCUUGGACGAGCCCACGAACCACCUGGACCUCGACGCCGUGCUCUGGCUGGACGACUACCUGUCGGAGCACUAUCCCCAUGCAGUCGUCGUGGUUUCCCACGAUGCCGACUUCCUGGACUCAAUCUGCACAGACAUCCUGCACCUUGAGAACAAGAAACUCGUCCACUACCGCGGCGACUUCACGGGCUUCAAGAAGAUGCACGAUCAGAAGAAGUUGGAACAGGAUCGCGAGUACAAGAAGCAACAGGACGAGAUCAAGCUGCUCAAGAAGAAGGGCAAAACCAAUGACCAGGCAGUCGAGGCCGUCAAGACGAAGUACGGAGUCGACAUGCUGGACGACCUCCCGUCAAAGCGAAAGGACUACGUAGUGAAUUUCAGAUUCGUCGGACACGGGACCGAUCGCCAUCUGGGCCUUAACGUGUCCGAGGUGGCGUUCAGCUAUGAUGGCAAGAAGCCGUGGCUUCUGCAGGACUGUGAGAUCGGUGUGGACUGUGGCUCGCGUAUCGCGAUGGUUGGCCCCAACGGUGCAGGCAAAUCGACGCUGCUCAACCUGAUGAUGGAGAAGUUGGAGCCCUGCGAGGGCGAGGUACGGACGGACAAGGGCAUUCGCGUGUCGCAGUACCAUCAGCAUUUCCAGGAGCUGUUGCCCCUGGACAAGACAGGGGUAGAGUACCUUCGGGACGAUUUCAACCUGGACGAGUUCAAGGCCCGGGCCACCCUGGGUCAGUUUGGGCUUCCAGGUACAACCCACUUCACGAAGAUCGGGAACUUGUCUGGAGGCCAGAAAGCACGGGUGGCCUUCUCGGCGCUUAUGCUGAGCAAGCCCCACAUCAUUAUCUUGGACGAGCCGACCAAUCACCUGGACAUUGAGUCUGUAGAGGCGCUGACAGACGCAGUGAAGCAGUUCAACGGUGGUCUUGUCAUCGUCACGCACGAUGCCCGCCUCAUCCAGGCAAUCGACAGCGAACUCUGGGUCGUCGAGGACAACACCUGCUACCGCUUCGAGAAAUUUGGGAAUGCAUAUGGCUUUGAUGGCUAUCGUGACAAGGUGCUGGACCAGUUGGAGAAGCGCCAGGAAGAGGUGGAGCUCGUAGAGAAGAGGAGACGCGAGGAGCGAGAGAAGAAGCGCCUUCAGCUCGUCGGAGAGCAGAAACUGAAGGCCGCGAAGGAGCGUAAGGAGAAGGAGGAGGCCGCCGCGGCGAAGGAGGCGGAGGCAAAGAAGCCCGCUCCUGCGAAGACGGAUGCUGUGCAGACGGCGCCCGAUGACAAGCAGCCCGCGAAAGAGGACAAGAAGCCGACGAAAGAGGAGGCCGAGGAGGACGAGGAUGACGAUGAGUCCGAGGCAGAGGCGCCGGCGAAGAAAGCGGCCAAGGCGGCAGGCGGGGGUGCCGAGCACCCAGAGUUCAAGGUCGCCGAGGUCUCGGGCAUCAAGGCGAUCAAGAAGAAGAAGGGCUUCUUCGUCGUGGAGCUGGACGUCGGUCAGGACGACAAUGUCAAGGUGGUCACGAGCCUGAAGAACGUGGUGCCUGGCUCCAAGGUCAUUGUCGCGCUUGAAGGGUCCAAGGUCCUGGGCGAGGAGGUUGAGGAGACUGAGAUCCACGGCGAGACCAGCCAGGGCGUCCUUUGUGGCCCCAAAGAGAUGGGCUGGUCCGGCGACGCCUCCGAAGUGAUCACUCUCAAGGAUAAGUGCGAACCCGGCUCUGCAGCGCCCUCAGAAGAGAAUAGCCCACUCAUCGAGAACGACGAGGACGAGGACGAUGACGAGGACGAGGAGGUGUCGGAGGAGAAAGAUGAGCCACCUCCGAAAACUGAGAGCAAGGCGAAACCGAAGGUCGAAGAAGAGAAAGUGAAGAAGGAGGCCGAGGCCGAUGCGAAGAAGCAGAAGGCCGAUGAGGAAAAGCGGAAGAAGCAGGAAGAGAGGGACGCCAAGAAGAAGGCCGCCGAGGAGGAGGAGAGGAGGAUUGAGGAGGAGGCGGAGGCCAAGAGGAGGGAAGCCGCAGCAGAGGCAGAGGCUGUCGUCGCGGAGGAGGCCGGCGAGAAUGAGGAAAAGGAAGACGACGAUGAUGAGGACGCGGACGCCGUGCACGACGAGUACAUAGUAGCGGAGGUCGUGUCCAAGCGCGAGAUCAAGAAGAAGAAGGGAUUCUUCGUCUGCGAGCUGAACUUCGGCGGGGAGGAGGGCGUCCCCGUGGUGACCAACCUCAAGGACAUCCAGGUCGGCUCGAGGGUGGUCUACGCCCCCGUCGGCUCCACGGUGCUCGGGCAGACGGUGGAGGAGGGCUACGUGCACAGCGAGAUGAGCCAGGGCGUGCUCUGCGGGCGGAAGGAGCUCGGGUGGUCCAGCGGCGACCCCACGGUCUGCGUCUCGCUGGCCGCGUCCAGCGAGAUAGGGGACGCCGCCCCCGCGAGCGCGAAGAGCCCGCUGGUGCUCGGCGGCGCCGCGCCCGCCGCCGAGGGGGCCGACAAGGAGGAGGUCGGCGAUGACGACGCGGCCGCGGGCGGCAAGGAGAAGAUGCCGAAGAAGGGCGGCGGCCAGCAAUCUGCGAAGCCGGGGCGCUCGAAGAAGGGCGACGACGAGGACUCGGAGGAUGACGGCGACAAGAAGAAGGGCGGGAAGGCCACUGCCAAGGCCAAGGCCAAGACGAAGAGGGGCAAGGCCGAUGACGACGACGAGGACGAUGCGCCGGCCCCGAAGGCCGAUGAUGAUGAGGAGGACAAGCAGGGCGGCAAGAAGAAGCCCGCGAAGAUGGUGCACAAGCCGCAGGCGGUCUCCAAGUCCGCGGCCAAGAAGUCGAAAGGAGCAGGGCCCAAGGAGGACGAGGACGACGAGCCAAGAGCAGCGGCGAAGAGCAAGAAGGGCAAGAGAAGAGGCGACGACAGUGAUGAGCCCAAUGAGGAGGAGGACGAGGACGACGACAGAGGCAAGAAGGCCCAGGGCAAGGCCAAGGCCCCUGCAGCCAAGGCCAAGGGCAAGAAGGGCAAGGCCGGCAAGACACAGCAGGAAAGUGACGACGAGCCCGAGAAAGACGAACCCGAGGACGACGACGCCGCCGUCAACGACGAUGAUGACAGCGACGAUGACGAUAGAAGAGGCGGCAGGAAGCCCCCGGCCCCCAAGGCCAAGGCCAAGGCGCCCGCGCCUAAGCCGCGCGGGAAGAAGGGCAAGGCCGGCAGGGGCGACGACGACGACGACGACGGCGAGGAGGCGAAGGCUAAGGCUCCAGCAGCCCCUCGGGCUGGCGCGGACGGGAAGCACCCGCAGUACAUAGUUGCCAAGGUGCUGUCUGCGGACACGAUGAAGAAGAAGAAGGGCUCUCUGCUCUGUGAGCUCCAGACCGGCGCCGACAACGUCACCACGAUUACACCCUAUGAGAACGUAGAGGCUGGGAUGAAGGUUACCUGCUGGCCCUGCCAAGGGGGCUCCGCGGAUUCUGGCGCCCGAGGGCUCCGAGGUGAGCGGCAAGGACCAGAAGUCAAGCGAGCGAAGGUUGCCGGCGAGUGGACCGCUGGCGUCAUCUGCGGGCCCAUGGAGAUGGGCUGGCCUGGCGACGCUUCGCAGGCGAUAGUGCUGGGCGACUCCUCCAAGGUGGGCGACCCAGCUCCGGCGGCGCCCGGGGGAGGCGCCGCAGGCGAGGAGGGCGGCGACGAGUCGGAGGACGACGCGCCGCAGAGGCCUUCGCCCAAGAAGGCCGGGGCCAAGAAGAAGGCCAGUGCCUUCGCUGCCCUCGACUCUGGCGACUCCGACGGGGAGUCUGCCAGCGACGGGUCGGACGACGACAGAGGAAAGAAGAGCAAGGACAAGAAGGGCAAGAAGUAGGCGCCGAGCGAUCUGCGAGGCGGAGCUGCCGCGUGCGGAGCUCGCGUGAGCCUUGCCGGUGCCGCACACUGAGGAUCGGAGUUUGGCGUGCCUCUGCGCCGUCUGCACCGAGAUCGGAGCUCGGCAGCGGAGCUUGCACCCGUGCGUCGGAGGGCACCCACUUCACAGAUCGGUGCGCGUGCCUCCCUGCCCAAGCCAGGAGGGCCUUUGCGCCGCUCCUGGGCCCAUGGUGGGCCUGGCCAGGAUCGGUGUGGGUGCACAGCUGGCGUCCUCCUCGCCGUGGCCGCCGGCUCUUUUCAAACGUUGGCGCCACUGCGCGGCCCGCGCUCCUCCUCGCAGGCAGGCCCUUCACCCUCUGCCUCCUGGGCGCCACCAUCCCCGCCUUGCAGUAAAUAGCUGAUUUUGGUUGUAGGGGGUCGUGCGCGCCCGUGCCGGCUCAACCCGCUGCCUGUGAGUCUCCCUCCUCCCCAGUGGCGACCAAUCGACGUGCGGAGGGGCGAGAGCAGACGAGGCAUUGGGCGAAGUCUUCCUCCUCCGUAUUACUUAUUACUCGAGGUGGCCCCCCCC